UGCAUACUUUCAACAUGUCGGCGGCCGAGGUGCUGUGACUGAUGUGGAUGGCAUCAUAGUAACCACGGUAACCUAAAAGAGUAGAUGAAAUCAAAACACAGCAAGCGUUUUGGAUGAACAGGAUCACAUUGAGACAUGGCUGUCUACUUUGAUCACCGCUUGGAGACGGACCAGGCUGGCAUCAGUACAGAUCUAAAAUGGUUCAGUGGGAGUCCACUGCUAGCAGUUACAUCCUACAGUGAUGAUAAUGGAGGUGCUGUCACAUUUUACACAGAGGAGGGAGAAAAGUUGCCCAAUACACAUCUCCAGAAGAACUGCCAUGUGACGUCAGUGUCAUGGCAUCCAAACAAGAAGAUAGUGGCAGUGGGAUGGGAGACAGGAGAACUCCUCAUCUGGAAUGAACAGGAGCAUAGUCUCCAUGAAGCCAUACAGAUGCAUAAAUCAGCCAUCAGUGUCUUGCACUGGAGUUCUAAUGGCACCAGGAUUGCAUCAGGAGAUAAGUCUGGAAUCCUUAUUGUAUGGAAAGUAGAUACUAAAGGACGCCUGAACCCCAACCCUCUCUGUCAGCAUCACAUCCAGGAGCCACUCACACACAUCCUAGCUAGACCGGCUCCACCCCCAGAUCCAGCCUCAGACAUUGCAAGUUUGGCCCGAGCAGCUGUGAGUGGGGACGAGAGUGCCUUGGACAUGUUUAAUUGGAAACGAGGGAAGAAUAAUUCCAAGACAACCAAUAGCUUUGGCCAAUCUGAAUCACUGUCUUUCUUUGUUGGUGGUGCCAGUGGUGGAGUUUACUAUGUGAAUGAGAAUGGACAAUGCAUACAGUGUUUCACGGUUGACUCGUCAGUACGGAAAAUGCUGUAUUAUGAUGACAAGAACAUCCUCAUAACAAUCACAGACAACAUGAUGCUUACACAACAUGCUGUACUUCUCGAGGGAGACACCAAGGAAAUGAUCAAGGUGAAGCUGAGUGGGAGGAAUGAGGAGCCCCACAUCAUUUGGGCAGGGAAAGGUUUGCUGGCGACUGCCACAGGAGAAGUGGCCAUCAGAAUGUGGGAUCUGGAGCAGGAUGACAACUAUGUGUUGAGUUUGGAUGGCCACAGCAGCUACGACAGCAAUGAGUCCAUCAUGUGCGUGGCAUACUGUGCGGAGAAAGGCAUGUUGGCUGGAGGCACUAACAUGGGGAAUGUGGCGUUGUGGAAGUUUCAUCCAACCAACAAUCGUAAGAUCGAGGGAGAGGACAAGUGGAAGCUGCAGGCGCCGGCAACUGUGGAGGGGCCAGUCAGACAAAUACAGUGGGGAAGCAACAAGACACUGAUGGCCAUCAACACCAUCGCCAACGUCUUCGUCCUGAGUGAGCAGGUGAUGAGCUGCAGCUACCAGGACCAGACAGCGGUAGUUCAGUAUGGGCCGAGCUCUCUGUCCAUAGAAGUGUUUGCUACUGGAAACCACCAUGACCUCAAGACGGACAUCCAGGUCAAGGGGGUCUGUACAACUAAGGAUGUCCUUGCUGUGUGGAAUGGAAAACGAGUCAUCAUCUAUGAAUAUUCAGCUGACAAACUAGUCCUGAAGGCUGCAGGUUCAUUCACCACUGAAGCACAGCUUGUCUGCCUGUAUGAACAAAAUGUGUACACCAUUGAGGGAAACAAAGUGCAAGUCAGAACAUUCCAGGGAACAAUUAAACAGCACAUGACAUUUUCUGAGGUUGAGGGAAACCCCUGCUGUAUCAACAUCUGUGGUAACUUCUUGGCUGUGGCCACAGAACAUGGAACGCUCCGAGUCUACGACCUCUCUCGCAGGGAAGCGAAGGCCCACAGUAAUCCAAAGAACAUAUCUGAUUCUGUCCAUGACUUUGGCACCAUUCUUUCCGCCCGCUGUAACUGCUCCGGCAACAGAGUGAGUGUGAUGGUGAAGCUGCAAAACAACACCUUUGACAGCAAGUUGUACGUCUGGGAUGUUGAGACAGACAGUGUGCAGUACUUCAACUUCCAGACGGGCCGGGGGGAGCAGGACGAUUAUCCCCCUCCUGACGGGGCUGAGGAGGAGAAUGAAUCCGAUACCAAUGAUGCUGAAAGGGGUAAGAACCAGGCUGCGAAGGACAUCGCAGGCCGACGCCCAACAUCUCACUACUGGGAUCCCCUUGAGCCCAAGCUGCUGGUGUGUGAGGCUAUGGCAGUGGAGCAGGAGAAGAGCAGGGAAAUCAAGAGGAAACCAUCUCUCACUAAAGCUGUUGAUGAUGGCCCGGUUGAACUGAUGGUGGUGUCUCUCUUCUGCACACAAGAGAAUGGUAUCCUCAUUCAAGACAGCUUCAGCCUUCCCCCACAAGUCACUGCUCUCAUGGGAGUGGAAGUUCCCUAUCACUAUUUCAUAAAGAGGCCGGAGAACACAUCGUCCGAGGCUGCCAAUCAGCAGGAAGACAAUGUGGUCAACUCUGAGACUGGGACAGCAAUCUACCCCAAACUGGUGUUCAGGAAAGUUCUGCGUGACUUUGUGGGUCUGGAGAACAGUGAUAAAGGCACAAGAGACGCCAUGAUGAACUUCAGCUACUAUCUUACAAUAGGCAACAUGGACGAGGCGUUCAAAGCUAUCAAGCUCAUCAAGAGCGAGUCGGUGUGGGAGAACAUGGCCAAGAUGUGUGUGAAGAGUCGGCGGCUGGACGUGGCGUACGUGUGUCUGGGCAACAUGGGGCAUGCUCGGGGAGCCAAGGCACUGCGGGAAGCACACCGAGAAGCUGAGCUGGAUGCCAGGGUGGCCACAUUAGCCAUACAACUAGGAUUGUUUGAAGAUGCAGAGAGGUUACUGAAGAACUGUAAGCGUUACGAUCUCCUGAAUGAGUUCUACCAGAGUGGAGGUCAGUGGGGAAAGGCCCUGGAGACAGCUGAGAUGUACGACAGAAUCCAUCUCAGGACCACCUACUACAACUAUGCCCGGCAUCUGGAGGAGAACGGAAACACAUCAGGAGCCAUUCCAAACUUUGAGAAGUCGGAGACACACAGGUUCGAGGUGCCCAGGAUGCUGUAUGAAGACCCUGAGUCUCUGGAACAGUACAUCCAGAGGAGCAAAGACAAGUCCCUGCGUAAAUGGUGGGCCCAGUUUAUGGAGAGUAAUGCUGAGAUGGAUGUGGCGUUACAGUUCUAUGAGGAGGCCCAGGACUUCUUCUCCCUUGUUCGAGUCUACUGCUUCUGUGGACAGAUUGACAAGGCAGCGGAGGUGUGUAACGAGACCGGAGACAAGGCAGCCUGCUACUACCUGGCCCGUCAGUAUGAGAACCAGGACCAGAUCAAAGAGGCCAUUCACUUCUUUACCAGAUCACAGGCCUUUGGUAGUGCUAUCCGCUUGUGUAAGGAGCAUGGCCAGGAGGAACAGCUGCUGAACCUUGCUCUGCUGGGGCGCCCCGAGGACAUGAUGGAGGCAGCACGCUACUAUGAGCAACACCCACGCUACAAUGACAAGGCCGUCAUGCUGUAUCAUAAGGCUGGCAACUUUUCUAAGGCCCUGGACCUUGCCUUCAAGACGAAGCAGUUCGGUGCUCUACAGCUGAUAUCAGGUGACCUGGAUGAGAGAGCUGACCCGGAGCUGCUUCAACAGUGUGCAGACUUCUUCCUGGAGAAUGGGCAGUACGACAAGGCGGUGGACCUCCUGGCUAUAGGGAAGAAGUAUAUCGAUGCUCUGAAAAUCUGUAUGGAGCGACAUGUGGAGAUCACUGAAGACCUUGCAGAUAAACUGACACCAGAGAAGGUAGAGGGUGAGAACGACACGAUGGACCGGCUGAAGAUCCUGGAAGGUAUAGCCGAUGUGUGCAUGCACCAGGGACAGUACCACAUCGCCACCAAGAAGUUCACCCAGGCUGGCAACAAGAUGAAGGCUAUGAAAGCACUGUUGAAGUCGGGUGACACUGAGAAGAUUGUGUUCUUCGCUGGUGUGUCUCGUCAGCGGGAAAUCUAUGUGAUGGCAGCUAACUAUCUCCAGUCUCUUGACUGGAGAAAGGACCCCGAGAUCAUGAAGAGCAUCAUUGGCUUCUACACAAAGGGCCGGGCACUCGACUUGUUGGCAGGAUUCUACGAUGCAUGUGCUCAGGUGGAGAUAGAUGAGUAUCAGAACUACGACAAGGCGCUGGGGGCCCUGGGGGAGGCCUACAAGUGCUUGAGUAAAGCGAAGGUGGCGGACGAGACUCAGCAGGAGGAGAAACUGGCGCACCUCAAACACAAGAUGACACUUAUCAAGAAGUUUGUGCAGGCCAGGAGGGUGUACGAGGAGAACUCGGAAGAAGCCAUGAAACAGUGCCAGGUGUUGCUGGAGGAGACCGACCUAGACAGUGGGGUUCGUGUUGGGGAUGUCCUCGGCUUCAUGAUUGAGCACUUUGCCAGGAGGGAGAGAUGGAAGGCGGCCUACUCCAGCCUUGAAGAAUUGCGCAGUAGGUUAAAGGGAGGUAACCCUGCUUACUAUGUUAACACAAGAACAAUAGAGGCAAUUCAUCAAGCACUCGAUGUUCCACUGUCACGGACCAUUGAUCCUGACAAGAUGAAUGGCUUCCGCAGUCCUGAAGACGAGGAGGGAGACUUCAUUGAGGAGGAUGUUGCGGAUGACACGUAUGGUCACAACGUAUGAUAGCUAGAUGACUCUCUGACCCAGGUUUGAGUGGGCCAACUGUACAUAUGUGCACAUGGGGUAACGAACAGUCUGGGUAUGGGCACUUCUGUACAAGGACACAAUGUGGAAAUCUUAACUUUAUGGAAGUCUCGAGUUGCUAGGAGAAAAUCGUUACUAUAAACUGUGAUCACAAGCAGUUCUAUAUAUUUUUAUAACUUUUCCAAUAUAAUUGCCUCUAACAUAACUCAGACACCUCUAAUCAAAAAGCUGUCCAGUAAUCUGAUCUGGUUUGUAUGACUGGGAAACAAGCAGAUUUUGUUACAUUUGUGAAGCAAACAUAAUGUUAUAAUGUGACUUUUACAAAUUCCAAGUAACUCCAUGGUUACAUGACGAUGACGUUUAUUUCUACCAUAAAUGAUAUGUGUGCAUAAAGGUAAAUUUACUUGAUGGACAACGGAUGCCACAUUGACAAUAGACGUUGUGAGGAACUUAGUGAAUGACAUUAUGUACAUGUAUGCAUUGUUAUAGUUAUAAUAUCUGCUGAAUUCCUGGGAUUUGAAAGCCAGCUUGUUUUUUCAUGUAUUAACUCCCUAGCCCCAAUAUGUUCAGAUGAAAUAUUCAACAUUAAUUGUUGUAUCUGUAGGUAGCCAUUAACUUCAGAAACUCUAGUUCAGUUAAUUUGUUACCUGAUAUAUUACCUGAGGUUUCACGUGUUAAAUGUUGAUAGUUUGUUCAGGAAAUCCUCAUGGCUCCGUGGACCAAUUGCACCGUUAGGAUUUAACUGAUGAAGAUCCUGGUUGUAGAUGGUAACUCAUGUUUCAGUGCUGAUGUUAACUUGACUGUGAUACUUAGUGAAGUUUAUCUCAUAAUACAAUCUGGUGACAUGAUCAGUAAUAAAGAAUAUGGCAUAUAUGCAUAUCAUUGAAUUCCUAGUGAAAAUCAACAGCUGAUAUAUGUGAUAAAGUGCUGGGUGAGAUGGAGGCAAGGUUAUCAAUGUAGUUGGAGAUUGUGUUGUAUCUUGUGUUUAUGGUAUCAAAAAUACUUACAUCAAACUAUUGAUUCUGGUAUUUGUAUCAAGUAAAGAUUUGAGAUUGGGAGUUUCUUUUUUCAGCUUUUGUUGUCCUAUUUACAUUUAAAGUACACCAUUUCCAAUCUGUUGCAUAGAAAAUGCAGAACAGCUCAGAUACUGUUUUGUUAUUUACACUAACCUUGUGCUUGGUUGUCUUAAGCACUGACAGAAAAUGGUUUAUGAUAUAGUGUCUUUGAAUGGUUGUAACAGUCUACCAUAUUCAGGAUUUUUUAAACACAUGUGAUAGCAAAACGUUAUUGGUGCCUUUUUCAGUCACGAGAAUAUAAUUAUAUGUGUCGUGAUGGGGUGAAUCUCAUACACACUGAUUUUUAUAUCCAUUUACUUACAGCCGUCCACUCUCAAUGUAAUUAUAGUAAUUCCUGCAGUGUCAGCACAGUGUCAGGUGCAGCAAUAGUUUAGUGUUAUUGUUCCAGUCCUAAUAGUGGCAGGGAAAUCACUCAAUUAUUUAUUUAACCUCAGCUGGGUACCGAGAUUUAGUUUUUCAAUGUAAUAUUUUCAUUUGUGGAAUUAAUAAAAUGCCAAUAAGAUAUAUUAAUAAUAAAGCUGUUGAUAUUUUGGGAUGAUUAUGGAUUCAGCUUGGACAUGUCAAAGAUGAGUUUUCGUUAUUAGAAAAUGCAAUAAUCAAUGUGGGCUACAAAUUGUUUCUUGUAUAUAUCCAUCAAAUUAAGUUAUACACUAAUUCAUGGUCACACAUUCAUGGUUUUCUAAAUCUUUUCAACACUGACAUGGUCACAAAUAAAUAUUGGCUUGCCAGAAAUGUCCGUCCUAGUUAUAUAGAUCUAUAUAGUUCCUCUUGUUAUCAAAACAUACACAAUAAUGUUGAAAUGUUAUGGAAAGCUAUGUUCAAAAUGUGUGUGAAGUUUUUAUUUUUUAAACAUUGUUCUUUACAUCAUACAUUCCAUGAUGUAUGUAAUUAAUAUUUUUGUUUAGCAUAUACAAGGAUUUCAUCAUACAUAAAGUUGUGAUAUAGUUAUUGAUCAUUUGUGAAUAUAUUAUGACAUCAUAUUCCUUGUUCAGCGAUUGCUGUUAGAUUCAUUACUUCUGUGAUUUCAUAUUACAAGGUUUUGUAAACGUUUGGAGUCACACUGUACAUAGGAGUGAUGUGUAAGAUAAUUCACUUUGUUAACAGAGGCCAUAUUUCCAAUACACAUAUAAACCCAGUUGCUAUACCGUAAGUAACUAAAGGGUAGUAGUCCACAUCAGCCGCUGUUUGCAACCAAGUACUAAUAUGUACUUCUUUUUAUUGUUUUAAUUGUGGACUGUUGGACUUACUUAUGUCUGUAUAUUCACUUUGUUUAUACUCAUUUCACUCUUUAAAGUGUGAUACUCAAUAUCUUUGUGAUGAUAACACUAAUUAAUAAUAAUGAUAAUUGAUUAAUAAACCGACAUGUCAUUUCGUACAGGUUAACAGAGACAUGGCAUGAUUGUGGGCCCUUCAUUUGAACUUGAAUCUCAGCAGGAGUUUCUUCGAAAGGUUGAGUCUCAAAGAAUAUAUUGCUGUUGUGGAUUAUAAAUCAAUUUUGUCAAAGAUGUUAAUAUUAUGCUUUGUUAAACGCCUUACCUGCAAGGGUGUUGCUGCCAAGAAUGGAAUCAUGCCGUCCUUUUGUGUGCUUUGUAUAUCCUGUAUUUUGUAUAUGAGUUAUUCAUAUUUGUUGACUGACAGACAUUUACUAUAACAAUAAAUCAACCUGAGUGA